CAUCUUUACUUUCCCUUCAAGAUGACAAACAGUUCCUUCUGCCCAGUUUACAGAGAUCUGGAGCCAUUCACAUAUUUUUUUUAUUUAGUUUUCCUCAUUGGAAUUAUUGGAAGUUGCUUUGCAGCCUGGGCUUUUAUACAGAACAACACGAAGCAGAAGUGUGUGAGCAUAUACUUGAUUAACUUGCUGACGGCCGAUUUCCUGCUCACUCUGGCAUUACCUGUGAAAAUUGUUGUCGACUUGGGUGUGGCACCCUGGAAGCUGAGAAUAUUCCACUGCCAAGUGACAGCCUGCCUCAUCUACAUCAAUAUGUACUUAUCAAUUAUCUUCUUAGCAUUUGUCAGCAUUGACCGCUACCUUCAGUUGACACACAGCUGCAAGAUCUAUCGAAUACAAGAACCUGGAUUUGCCAAAAUGAUAUCAACCGUCGUGUGGCUCAUGGUCCUUCUUAUAAUGGUGCCAAACAUGGUGAUUCCCAUCAAAGACAUCAAGGAAAAGUCAAGUGUGGGUUGUAUGGAAUUUAAAAGGGAAUUUGGAAGAAAUUGGCAUUUGCUGACAAAUUUCAUCUGUGUCGCGAUAUUUUUAAAUUUCUCAGCCAUCAUUCUAAUAUCCAAUUGCCUUGUAAUUCGACAACUCUACAGAAACAAAGACAAUGAAAACUAUCCAAAUGUGAAAAGCGCUCUCAUCAACAUUCUUCUAGUGAGUACAGCCUACAUCAUAUGCUUUGUUCCUUACCACGUUGUCCGAAUCCCAUACACCCUCAGCCAGACGGAAGUCAUAUCUGACUGCUCUACCAGGAUUUCACUCUUCAAAGCCAAAGAGGCCACGUUGCUCCUGGCUGUGUCAAACCUGUGCUUUGAUCCCAUCCUGUACUACCAUCUCUCAAAUGCAUUCCGCUUAAAGGUCACUGAGACUUUUGCCUCGUCUAAAGAGACCAAGGCUCAGAAAGAAAAAUCACGAUGUGAAAACGAUGCAUGA